UAUGCAAUUGAGCCAAUUUACUAGAUUUGUUCCUGACCGUGUGCCGCGCAAAUAAAAUGAUAAUGAUUUUAAGUUUACCAAUCAGUUGAAGGUGAAUCUUCGCGAAAGCAAGUACCUAGGCCCAUAAUGGAAAUCGAUAUUGGUGUUUUGAUCGCACUGGUCUUACUAGCAACAGUUCUGUACAAAUGGGUGACCAAAAAUAAUGAUUACUUUCACGACAAGCCAAUUCCGUCAAUGGCGGUGAAGUUUCUGCUUGGAAGCACAGGACCUCUGAUUCUGAAACGCUAUUCAUUUAACGGAUUCGUUAAUUUAAUUUACAAUAAGUUUCCCAGUGCAAAAGUUUUCGGUAUAUUCGACUCACUGACACCAAUUUUCGUAAUUCGUGAUCCAGAAUUGAUUAGAAAAAUUACCAUAAAGGAUUUCGACCACUUCGUGGACCAUCGGCCAACCUUUGGAGACAGCAAGAAUGACAAUAAAAAUUCCCUCUUCGGAAAAGCAUUAUUUUCAUUAGAAGGCGCAAAGUGGCGCGACAUGAGAGCUAUUCUGAGUCCGGCCUUCACUGGAAGUAAGAUGCGUCAAAUGUUUGAAUUGAUCAUUGAAUGCUGCGAAAAUGUUUCAAACCACUAUCAAACCCAAUCGGGAGAAUCGCAAGAAAUAGGACUUACUGAUCUUUUCUCUCGAUUUGGUACAGAUGUUAUUGCGUCGUGCGCGUUUGGAUUCAAGAUAGAUUCAUUCAAUGAUCCGGAAAAUGAUUUCUUUAUAAUCGGCAAAAAGAUGAUGCGUUUCGAUAAACUCAUCGUAGCGCUGAGAAUAUUUGGAUUUAAAUUUUUCCCAACUACGCUGGGCAAGUUAGGAGUCGACAUCGUCGAUCGAGAGCAUAUUCAGUAUUUCCGUACCAUUAUAUUGAAUUCAAUACAAGAGCGACAAACGAAAGGGAUCAUUCGGGCGGAUAUGAUUAAUUUGUUGAUCCAAGCAAGAAAUGGAACGCUGCGACAUCAACAGGAAAAGGAACACGACGAAGGAUUUGCUACGGUUCAGGAAUCUGAUAUUGGAAAAGCCACAGUGACGAAAAAAAUGACAGAAAACGAGAUGGUCGCUCAAGCCUUCGUGUUUUUCCUUGCUGGGUUCGAAACUGUGUCUACUACCUUAUCGUUUUUGGUAUACGAUUUAGUGAUGAAUCCUGAUAUCCAGCAAAAAUUGUACGAAGAAAUCCUAUCGACAGAAGGAGAGUUGAAUGGCAAGACACUCAACUAUGAUACCUUGCAAAUGAUGAGAUAUAUGGACAUGGUCGUAUCAGAGAGUAUGCGGAUCCGUCCGGCUGCAGCCAUGUUGGACAGGGUCUGCCUUCAUGAUUACGUGCUGGACGAUGGCAAUGGGUUGAAGUUUACUAUUGACAAAGGUACUGCCGUGUGGAUCCCAACUCAAGGUAUCCAUCUUGAUCCUCAGUACUACCCGAAUCCAACCAAAUUCGAUCCGGAACGCUUCAGUCUGGAAAACAGAGGCAAGAUCAACCCAUUCACAUAUCUACCAUUUGGUACAGGGCCAAGAAACUGUAUUGGAUCUCGACUCGCUCUGAUGGAGAUCAAAUCAAUUAUUUACUAUUUAUUAUUGCACUUUUCUUUUAAACAGUGCGAUAGAACACAGGUUCCACUCAAGUUACGCAAAGGCUAUACUAUAAUGGGUAGUGAAAGUGAGAUAUAUGUUGAACUAAAGAAACGACAAAAAGAAUUAUAAAGUAAAACUAAAUUUUUAUGUGACAUUUGAUUAAUAAAGCUUUUAAGAGGA